UAUAUAAAGGGAAUACCCUCAUUUUAAAUAGCAUAGAUGUAAUAGUUUUUGUAAUGAGAGUCAAAUAUUAUUGAUGUUUUGCAUUAAUAUCUAUCUAUUGUGUUUGGCGAGAAAUGAUUUGUGUUUGUGUUUUUCUUGUAUAUAGUCAGUCACCAACUAGAAUAGAUGUGUAGAUAUAUACCAUUUAACCCCAUUAUAUAGAUAUAUAUAUAUAUAUACAUGGUACUUUAUAUAACCAUCAUGGGCAGCUAGGAUAAAUUGGGGGAUUAAGGAGAGCUUUGGACUAACUGGCUAAAUUACAAAAUUAAUAGGAUUUUCCUCUUAUAAACUUGGACCAAUGAAAACCUGUGUAGCAUACAUAAGUCAAUGGAUUGAUAAUCACUAUUUGUGGAUAUUUAUGACGUUUUUUUUAUUUUUCCCCUCUAAAGGGGUGGAGAUGUGGAACUAGGUAUGCUACACCUAACUUUAUUAUUAGUUAUUUUUUAUUUUUUAACAUCGAUAAAUAAGUGUACUUAAAAUCUACCUUCUUUUUUUUUUUUUUACAGCAAAUUGUUCUAUUCAGAUGAAAAAGGUGCAGAAGAAAAUGUAAAAUACUAAACUUUUGUUAUUGAAAUUAUUUUACUUUAUUUUUUAUUUGUAACUUAUUGGGAUUGACAUUGACAUUUAAUUGUUUAGAUUUGGAGAAAAACAAUUGAUUUUACCGUUGAAGCUUCUAAAAAGCUGAAGCCAGAAGACUUUAUUUGAGCAACCAUGCAAUACGGAGGGAUUGCCAAUUCAUUUCCUUGUAGCAUUUUGAGAAGAUACUACAAGAUGGAAACAGUUAAAUAUUGCAACAAGUUGAACGAGCUCAGUAAUCCACUCUUUGUAGGAUUGAGAUAUUUUACUAUUGAUGAUGAGUUUUUGAAACUUGUCCAUGAAGGUCAUUGCACGAGCUUAAAGGAUUAUUUUUCAAAGAACGAUGAUUUCUUCAUCAAGGAGGGCAAUGAGAUUUUUUAUGCCAGUCCAUUGCUUCAAAAGCUAACUAGAGAACUGAUGGUGCAACCAAAGAGAUCAAUGACCAUGGGAUAUAACUAUUCAAGAUUUGUCAAUCAUCUACUUGUACUUCAGAGGUGCAUAUCAAUCAAUGUUUCCCCGUUGCAAUGUAGAGAGGGUGAUGAAUCGAGGUGGGGCCUAGAUUGAAACACAGGUGAAAUGAUGGAGUUUAAUUUGUCGAAAUUAAAAAUCUGGGGUUUAAAUUGAAAAAAACGUGAAAACUUGGAGUUUUUUAUGUAAUUAACGUAAUUAUAUAUAUAGGUAUAUAAAAUUUAAAUUAAAUAUAAAUCUUUCAUAAUAUAGAAUCUCAUAUUAAAUUGAAAAUUG